AUUGUCAUGCGGAGUAUGCAAGUGAGGUUAUGUUUGUCAAAACACACUGUUGUGACUAUUUCAAAAAUUUCGACAACAUUACCAAAGCAAACAUAAUAUAAAUUGAACUGUGAUGUGACAAUGUGGCGGAGUAUAAAUGUAAGAUUUUUGCAGGCACCGUUGCUUCGGUGCUAUUCAUCACGAGCUAAAGAAAAGCGGUAUAAAAAUCGAAUAUCGGUGUUAAGACAAGAUAUGAACAAAUUUCCUGUGAAUGAAUUCCAAAAGAACAAACCGACGGAUCGGCGAGUGUAUGUUUGGGGACAAGCAGUGACUGGUGCUUGUGGUAUCAAUGAAUCGUUACAUGAUCAAAAAUUAGCGAAAUUUCUUCGGCAUCCAACACGAUUACCAUUCGCCGAACGCUUUGAUGUCAUUGACAUAGCGGCUGGUUAUGGCUUCACAUUGUUUGCUUGCAAGCCACAAAUUGAUGAAAUCACAUUAUUUGGAUGCGGUUUGAAUACUGAUUCACAGUUAGGAUUCCAGAAACAUGGCGGCAAUCAAAAUAAACCAAUGGAAUUGAUGUAUUAUCCUGCACCAAUUGCGCUGCCUCGAGUAAGGAAAGAUGAAAAUAUGAACAUUGUGAAAGUAGCUGCCGGAAGAGCACAUUCAAUAGCUUUAUCGAAAUCAGACGUGCUGUUUACGCUAGGAAAUAAUUCAUAUGGACAAUGCGGUCGACCCUCGGUUGAAGCUGAAUUGUAUGAGUCAAGCCGAAUGGUGCAUCGAGUUGAAGGAAAAUCGAUAUUCGGUGAUGGUGACAAAGUGAAGGAUAUUGUUUGCGGAUUAGAUCAUAGUUUACUAUUGACUGAGAAGGGAAAAGUAUUCUCUUGUGGAUGGGGCGCCGAUGGUCAAACUGGUUUGGGCCACUUCAAUUCAACGGGCGAAUGGACACAAGUGCUGGGCGACAUUGAAAAUGAGAAAAUUGUGAAAUUGGCAUGUAAAUUUGAUUGCGUUUUUGCAUUGAAUGAUAAAAACGAAGUGUUUGGAUGGGGCAAUUCAGAAUAUAGUCAAUUGGACCUAUGCAAUGGCGUUCAACAGAUCAACACGCCAGUUUAUUUGAAAAUGAUUGAAAAAUGCGGUAAAAUCAUUGACAUAGCCACCGGUGGAUCAGGGUGUAUGGUUUUAAACGAAAACGGUGAUGUAUUUGUAUGGGGAUUUGGUUUAGUUGGACUCGGGCCAAAAGCUGAUCAAAUCAGUCAACCGACACAAAUUCCUCCGAUACUGUUUGGUCGAAAUGAUUUCAGUCCAGACAGCAGAGUGAGUGCCAUUUAUGCUGGAUUUUCACAUUAUGGUGCAGUGACGACAACACACGAUUUGUAUAUGUGGGGACACAAUCGAUCAUCCUGUCUUGGUCUACGAAACGAAAAAGAUCAAUAUUUCCCACUGAAAGUAGCGCUACCCGCUCAAGUUCUCAAAGUCGACUGUGGUGUAGAUCACACAGUGGCGUACAGCAAAGGAUUUGUGUAAAUUGUGAAUUAUUUUUAAAUAAAUGUGAAAUUAAUAUUGUUACGUA